AUAAAUUAAAACCCUGUGUUCAUUCAACAACAGUCCAAUAAGAAUAAAUUUAUCAAUUUAUAAGGUUUUAUAAAGUAUGUAGUUUAAAAUAAAUUAUGAAUAACAAGACAAAUUCAACCAAUUUGAAAACAGUCGUUAUUAGCCUGAUGAGAAAAUAAUUGAAUGAUUGAAUGAUUAAGGAUUAUAAACAGAUAGCAAGAGUAAAAUUCAAAGAAGAAGGCCUGUCCCAUGUGAAGAUCGAUGAAAUUACAAUUGGUACAGUUAUAUGUAUCAUCAUUAUUAUCAAGUUUAGUGAAUUGAAUCGCGCAUUCGUAACUCAAUUUAACUCUUUGUUUGUUUGUUUCCCAGUGAAAAAUAUAACCCACUCUGUUCAUUUGUUACAACUCCAAUAACGAACGGUAAUACAUGUUCAGCUUCAACUGUUAUACUUGGAGUAAUAUCGACUCAGAAUUUUAUCGAUCCACUUCCAAAUAUCUCUAGCACAUUUACAAAGCAAUAUAAUGUCUUGCCUGAUGAUGAUGAAGAUGAUUGUCUUCUUCAUCUUCUUCUCACUUUUCAACUUAAACUGGGCAUGAAACUUGGCUAGUGUUUUUUCCUCAUUUAGUUUCAAAGUUAUCUCUUCCUUGGUAACCCUCUUUGCUAGUCUUUUUGUUAUUACUUCAUCUCGUUGUCAUCAUUUCCAAUGAAUAAUUUUUAAAACAAUUUCUGCUUGUUUGUAUUAAUGUAUCUCCAAUCUAAUUCAUCUGCAGAUCAUAAUUAAAACAGUCAGUCACAAGAUAACCAUCAUUUACUUUAGUCUUCAACUCGUCCAAAUAUAAUUUUUGACUAACAAUCAACUGUUCGCUGUUGCACCAACAAGUGACUUGUGUCUAUCCAUUCUGGUCACUAUUAAUUUCUGGUGAAAACGAAUGCAUCCAAAGUUUUGAUUAUUACAGUUGAUAAAAUACAUUAAUUGCAAAAUACUCUAGCCAGUGCUUUAGUCAAGAGUGCUUUUAAAGAGUAAAGUUGUUUUUGUGUUUCAAGAGAUUCAUCAUAAUUGCUCCGAUAACUACGCUUUUAUUGUGUGCAAAGGUUGUCAGUCUCUGAGUAAAGUUGAAUUCGCCGAUGGCCUUUGGAUACAUUGGUCACAUUUUGUGGCGUGAUCGCAAUCAAUCCUUUCAUCCAGAAGAUCCUUUGGUCGUUGAUAAUGGACUUGGAGCCGAUGUUAAAUUCACCUUUAUCGACGUGAUUCCAGGAGUGCUCAAGAAACCUCCAGCUGGUUUUCCCGCUAAAAGGGAAUCCAUUGCCUAUCACAGUUUCAGUGCCCUGGUAGCAGCCUGCAACGAAUGGUUGGCCAAAAACACGGAUUGGGAAGUAAUCAACUGCGAAACCAUUUUACUGUUUUUCAAAUUUGAAGACAAUGGUUGGCAACUUGCUCCACAAGAUACUUGCUUCCAUCUUGAUGGCGAUGCCCAUAGUUCAUUGAUGGCUUUAAGACUCUGGAUAAAACGUCGAGACAUAGAUGUCAUUAAUGGUGGAACCAAUGGAAAUGAAUUGGGUGGAAAUGAAGCCAAUGUUGCCAAUUCAUCGUCGGAAACAACCCACCAAACUAUUUGUUAUGCUGAUUUCAAGCCUGAAAAAGAUGAUGACGAUGAUACAACUCGAUUUGAAAAACUAGAAACUGUUAUUGACCGUGCCAAUAAAUCAAUCCGAGAAGGUAACGUUAAAGGGACUCCUAUAACCAUUGAGACGCUCUACUUUCCUGCUAAUUCGGAUUGGGAAAUUGAUCCUGAGGCAACUUUACAUGUUUUUCCGGGUAAAUGUGUCUCCAUUAUUCGUCUUUUUUAUAUUUCUGGUGCUGAUAACUGUACGGAGCAAAUUGGUAUUCGUGAUUUUACUCCUAAACUACUCACUGGCGGGGGACUCUUCAAGAAACCUUCAUUCGAAAAUUUAUCUGGAACCAUGUCAAGAGCUUCCGAUUGGCUGGCAAACAAUGGUUCCCUUGAAUUUAAGAAUGCUCAAUGUUUAGAGAUAAAGGUUAAAAAUUAUAAACACAUUGAGACCAACAGUAUGUCCCACUCUUCAGAUCGUGGUGACUAUCUACGAAUAUUUCGAGUCGCUUAUACCAAACGACCAACUGACUCAGUUCAAGAUACCCCAGAUAGUCUUAGACCCGAUGAUUCAAAUACCUUUUCUCCGAGAUCAAUUUUUUUGUCAUCAGUUAUUUUUACUCCUGCCGAUAGAGAAACCUCCUUGACUCAAAUAAAACGUAAACUCCAUGACUGGGUAGAUAAAGCAAUUAAAGAUAUACGAUUUGAAGGUGCCAAUCCUGGAAGUCAAAAACCUCGUCUUCUCAGUGCUGAAACAGUUGAAAUAUUUUGUCGCCAAUUUUCCGAAGAAGAUAUCAAAGGGGAAACUGAAAAUACCUUUCAAUAUAACCGAAUAGGAACCAUCAAUUGUUUCCUUUUCAUGGCUUUCCGAGUUUAUUUCGAUGUUGGACAAGUUGGACGAACCUUUCGGUCACGAUCAGUUGCCAGCACUGCGUCCCGUAAGACUGACUCAUGUAAAGUGCUGUGAAGUCAACUAACGCUAAACAAUGUUAAAAAUUAUUCAAACAGCCGAAACACUUCAACAUUCAUAAUUAACUUAUCCAUUCUAUAUGCUAUUGAAAAGCUUCAAGGAUGAAAAUAUUCCAUAUUUUAUCAAUGAUAAAAUGAAUCAGAUGUAACAUCACUAGACUGGAGCUGAAAAAUUACACUUAUUACAUUUUCAUACAUUGAAACGAAGGUCAACCUGAUAAGGAUUCAAACCCAAGCACUCAUCGAAAACUAAUAAUCAUCAAUUAUAACUAUUAUGUAUCGCGAAUCAAAGAGGCUUGACUUUUUAAACUUAUAUCCAGUUAUAUCAAAAUGAUACAUAUUAUAUGAAAGUGAAAAAAGCAUGAUUAAAUCCAAUUCCAUCUUUCCCUGAAGAGAUGAAAUGAAAACCCUGUUUUCUUGCUGUAAUAUGGAAGAUCGAAGACGAUUAGAUGAUGUAAAAGUUAAAUCUGUUGGUGAAUUAAAAGAUUGAUUUAAGAGGAUAAAGUAAAUUGAUUGAAA